GGAUUUGUUUGUUCAUUUUCUGUUUUAAUUUUUAUUUAAUUUUGUACAACUCGUGUCUAGAUAGGUGUCCUUCUCCUGUAUUCAAAAUCAUAAAACUUGAGAAUAUAUGCGACUCUAAACUUUGGCUUUAGGAUAUUUAUAUCCACCAACGCUGUAAACUCCGCUUGUGGAUUACAGUGUACUUGAGACAUUGUUUAAUAUUUAGCAUUUUAGAAUGUUCUUCUUUUCGCGCCUUUAUCUCCAGAGCUGAAUUUUUAAAUAACAUGCUUACUUCUGUUUGUCCGUUUAAUUUGCGGGUCUGCCGUUUAAGUUCACACACGUAUUGUGUUAUUGCUACAUAGAUUAUUUUUAAUUAAAAUGUUGCAAGAUGCAAAAUCGAUCGCACAGCGAAAAAAAAGGGCAUGAGUUGAUGACCCACGGAUGCAGGAAGCGUUACAAUAAAUACAUCGUCAUCUGAACAUUUUGUUGACAGCCUGUGCCAAAUUGUGUUUCCAUAUAUAUAUAUAUAUUUUUUUUUUUAAGCUGUCGUCUGCUGGACUACGUAUAAAAAGUCUCUGGAUAUGGCGCAAGUUGCAAAGUAUGUCCUACCCUCUGUUUUGUUUUUCAUCACGCUGAGUUUGAUGACCUUGCAAAAAACGUCUUUGAUUGUUGUCCUACGUCUUGUACUGCAGCCUGACGUCUCUGUGGAGUCGGGCUACGCCCUGAUAUCAACAUUACUUGUUGCACCUUACCUGUUCUCACUCUUCCUGGUGCUGUGGAAUGUUCCCUUUCUGAGAAAGUCUCGCUCUGUUUCCUUGCCGUCUGGUAGAAAUGUCGUUUUGGGUGUGUUUGCCUCUAUUGUAGAGUCGUCAUGUAUUGUCUUGUUUACAUCACGUGUGGUGGCCAUACUUCCGGUGUUUGUUGCUCUGCCGGCCACCAGUGGGGUCUUGGUCAUAUCCUCCGUCAUCUCCGCCUUCAACAAAGGCAAGAGACGGAGCGGAAGUUUGAAUAUCACGGCAGAGGAGAUUCCUAAACCUGCGAAAGAGAAGUCUUUCCUCUGCAUGGGGGCUCGUAUCACCGCCUCCAUUACGUGCACUCUCGUGUCGCCUGCUGCCGGAUGCUUUCUCUACGUGAUGAAUCUCUCGGACAUCGUGACGUCACUCAGCCUGGCCGUCAUUCCCAUAAUGCUGGGUCUGGUGUGGAAUCCGGACUUUCAGUCGCACGUUCUGGAUCCCAGCGGCGCUGACCCGCUGUGCCACAGACGACUUCGCCUGUUGUAUGGAAUCGUCAAGAUCGUCGCCAUUGUGGUUUUUAUUUUGAUGGAAAUGUACUUCAGGACCGACGUCUCGCAGACCCACCACCUCUUGGAGAGAUACGCCUAUGGAUUUUCGGUCUUCAAGAGGCUGGAUGUUGUGUUUGCGCUUGUGGUUCACUUUUUGUCCUGCCUGAUUUGCUUCGGUUUCUCCUAUGUUUCUCUGGCCCUGUGCCAGCCGAUGUUCGGCGUAGUGAUUCCGUCCUUGUUUUCCAUGGUGUCCAGUCUGGUUCUGUGCUUGACACUGUCCGCGCAAGUAUACGGAAUCGACGAGACUGCGCACUUCGGCUCGUUCGCUUCUUUCCUGAUAUGCGCGUCGAUUUUAGCGUGGGCAUGGGCGUGGCCUUACAUCCUCAACGCUUCGAUAUUCCUCAGAAAACCCCAGUGCCUGCUUACCCCUUACAAAGCCCUGUUCAAAGGGUACGGGUGGAAUCCGAUAUUUUACGAUCAAAAAUUCCUUCUCGGAUACGACUCCAGCAGUUCAUCCGAGGCAGCUUCAUCAGAAGUCAAAGUGACGAACCGGAUCUACAUCUGCACUACCAUGUACAGAGAGGCGGACUACGAGAUGGGGAGAUUGUUAGAAAGUUUGAUGAAGAUUUCAUCAGACCCACUCUUGAAGGGCAUUCACUUUGAGAGCAACAUUUUCAUGGAUAACGGAUGUUCGGGGACAAAACUCAAUGAGUUCGCGCUUCAGUUUGUCGCCCUUCUUAUCACCAAAGGCGGCGUUCACCUCGAAAGGACUCGCUGCUGGGUGACGCCUUACGGCUUGCAAGUGUUCUGCCAACUUCCCAGCGGGCUCCCACUUUUCGUCCAUUUGAAAGAUCCUCAAAAAGUCAAGUCUAAAAAGCGCUGGAGCCAGGCCAUGUACAUAAACUACGUGAUGAGAUUUCGCAAAGCUCUUUGGAAGUACGACUCUGAGAACAAGCCGAUCUCUUCAAGAGAAUGCCAACUUCCUGAGAUUCGAAUUUCCAGCGCGUGCAAUGAAGCUGAUCUUAUCGGCUGUGUUUCCGGUAGCGACCAGCCUCUAUUCCGACGCAUUACAAACAUUGGAUUUCCGACACUGGCCGACUUUAAAACAACUGUAGAGAAUGAUCGCCAGUAUCCAUCCGCAGAGGAUUCAAGUCCACCGCACAGUGAAUUUGGUUCACAGUGUCAGGCAUCUUGUUCCAGUAAGGAGAGCUCUGACAUUGAUUCGCUCCCAGACGACAAGCUGAGGUAUUACCCAGGUGGCGCUUACAUCAACUCAGGCUACCAGUCACACUCAGAAGGAGGCAGCAACUGUUCCUCUUGUAACGGAGACAGUGGAGACAUUCAAAAAGUUCCACCAGCCACCCCAACACCGCCGGUCUCCGACCACAAUACUGUGCACUCCUACACUGACGUCAUCAGCGACAGCGACGCCUACGUGGACGACGACCACACGUUCAUCCUGGCCACAGACGCGGACAUGGACUUUAAAGCCGACGCCAUCAAGGAGCUACUGAACAUGUGCAUCACAGAUAAACGUAUCGGUGCCGCCUGCGGAAGGACACAUCCAAUCGGACAAAAAUGUAGUUCCAUCGUCUGGCAUCAAGUUUUUGAAUAUGCUAAAGAUUUCUGGAUGAUUAAAAACGCCCAAAAUAUCAUCGGUUCAGUCAGCUGCUGCCCAGGCUGCUUCAGUUUGUAUCGAGCUAACGCCAUCAGAGAUGUCAUGGACAAAUAUUCCAGCCCAACAAAAACACCUUUCACAGUCUAUGUCAAAGAUACAGGUGAAGAUCGCUGGAUGGCUACCUUAAUGAUGAUCAAUGGCUGGCACAUGCGUUAUUCUCCCUUUGCUGAUAACACCACAUACUGUCCAGAUACAUUUGAGGAAUACUACAAGCAGAGACGACGAUGGAUUCUCUCGGACAUGGCAAACGCCAUUUUAGUAGUUCAAAACCUAUUGCGACUGGUCCGGAACAAUGAGUGCUUCAGCCUGAUGUAUGUCAUCUACCUGGUCAACAUGUUCUUAAACAACGUCAUCACACCUGGGACGGCCAUUGUCAUGAUCACUGCAGGUCUGGAGCUGGUGUUCGAAAUCCCUUACGUCUACACAACUCUCCCCAUGGCCGUCAUCGUCUACAUGUACGCCUUCGUUUGCACGUGUACCAGCGCUCGGACACAGGGCCUGCUGACCAGCGUGCUCAUGGUGCUCAUGGGCAGCAUGUUCUCCUCGGUGGCCAUCUACGGCUCUUACAAGAUAACUGCAGGGAUGGCAGCAGAGAUCAAGGCCGGUCAUUUUCAUUUCCAGCAGCAUUACGUCAUACUCCUGCUGACCCUCAGUCUUGUCUACGCCGCCUUGAUGCACCCCAGAGAGAGUCACCAGAUCAUCUACGGGUUCGCCUACCUCUUCAUCUUCCCUGCCAUGCACGUCUUGUUGCCGAUAUACAGCAUCGCCAACAUUAUCGACCAGAGCUGGGGAACACGUGACUCGAAUGAGGCUAAGCUUCCAAAGAUUUCCUGUCUUCCCAGUUUUAAGAAAAUGAGAAAACGAAUGAAAAACUCCAAAUUAAAAGGUAUCACCUUAGGUUCUCAAAACUUAGAAAUGGACACACAAACUGAAAUUCAAACCAUCUUGUCCUCGUUGGCUCGAGACAUGUCACAAGGAGACGAAAAAGCCAGGGAGGAACACAAGUUCUGGGAGUCUCUCGUCGCCACCCACCUUGGCAUUGCUGUCAACCAAGGCCUGGAGAAAGCUGCGUUGGCAGAAGGCCUCGGCAGGUUAAGGAACCGUCUGCUCGCUGCUUUCCUCUUCUUGAACGCUGUCUGGUUGGCCUUCCUAUCUUACUUCUACAUGGGACUGGACUCUCCUUUGUCACGGCUGAACAUUUACGGAAUCAUUAGCGGAGCCCUGUAUGGAUUCACUUUAAUCAUUCAGAUUCUGGGAUUGACGGCCGGGAGAAUAGAGCAGGUUUUGAGAAAACUGGCUACUUAUGUUCAUGGAGAUGAUAUGCCAGUUUGGGUUAAAGAAAGAGAAGACAAGUCAAAAUAAGAGAGAGAGCGAGUAUGUGUUGGAAGAUGUUUCAAGUAUGGCUACAGAUACGGUACUGUUUGGAUGGUGUUAAAAUGCCCGGUUCAUGGUGCUUGAUGUUAAUGUGAAAAAUGUAAAAAUGAUUGUGCUAAAUGAUAUCAACCGUAACAUAAUAUAUAAAUAUAUUUAUUUCAAACACAGAAAAUAAAAAAUAUAUAUAUUUCAA